AUGGAACAUAAAAUUAAUAUAUUUUUUAAUUUCACUUUCCUAAAGAUUCAUUUUUCUAACAAGAAUUUUCAACAAAUGCAUAAAAAAUAGCAUAAUUAAAAAAUAAUUAGAAAUUAUAAUAAUAUGAAGUAAGUUAUGAUAUAGUCAAAAGAAAAACAUAUAAAAUAAUAAAAUUUAAGAAAAUAUUAGAAAAUAAACGAAAUAAUCUUGUAGGUUCAGUUGACACAGUUAUACCAAUUAUUAAAGAUUUGUAAAUUAAUGAUGAAGAAUUAAUUGAUCAUCCUUAUGAAUAUUCUAUAUAGAAUCCUCUCUCUUCACAUUUAGUUAUUCAAACUCAAAGAAAAACAGAUGUCAGAAUUUUAAAUGAAGCACAAGAAUUCAAAAUUUAGUUAGGAAAUGAAGAAAAAGUAAAAAUAUAUAAUUAUAGUGAAUCAAAUAUUAUUGAUAUAGAAAAUAAAACAGUGUAAAUAUUAGGAAAUGUUUAUGAUCAUGAUUAAAUCAAUUAAGAUAAUAUUGUUUUCGAAGGUUCACAAGCAUCUUCAAUGGCUGGUUUAAGAAAAUCAGUUUAUUAUCGAAAAUAUACUCUUAUUAAUUAAUUAAAUAAUUUUACCACAUUUAUCCCUUUAUUAAACAAAUUAUUUGGAUUUUUUGCUUUUGCACUCAUAAAUUAAAUCAUAUUUAUAUCAAUAGUAAUUAUUUAUUUUAUUUUAGAAUAUGUCUUUCUCAAAAAAAGAUUUUUAUUCUCUCAAUUAUUACUAUGAAUCAAUCUAAAUUAAUCAUUAUUUUAUUGAGCCUAUGUAAAAGUUUUUUUUAACCCGUUAUAUGCUUUAAGAUUACUAAAUGCUGAACUUGAAUUAAGCAAUAAAUAGAGAUAAGUUUAAUUAUUACAUUUAAUUCAUUAAUCCUUUAUUGAUUGGAUCUUACGAUGAAUUCAAAUAGAACUUUUAAGAUCAUUUUCAAGAUGAAACAUUUUCAGAAUUUAUCAAAGAUGAAUAUGUUAUGAUAUAAUAGUAAACUUUUCAUUAUGCUCCUAUAAAAUUGAAUGAAUACAAUAUAACGCUAUAUAAUGCUUUUAGCAUUUUGCUUGACGCCUUUCAUAAGUAAAAAUAGAUUUACAUUGUACCUUAAACAACUAGAGGAACUAAUCCUCAUAAUACGUAUUAAUACAAGAACUAUAUCUUAUUUGUGACAAUUUUUGAUAAAAUAUCUGAUUUAAUAUAUUAGGAAUCUAUCGAGAAGAUUGAUUUGGUUCUUAAAAGAUGGAUAAUUGUAGUAAUUCCAAUAUCAGUAUCAGUGCUAAUCUCUAUAUUACUGCUUGGAUAUUAUUAUAACUAAUUUAAUCAUUAUUUAGAAAAAUUCUUUAAUCUUAACAUUCAUAUAGAUUAAAUAGAGCUUAACGCAGAUUAAGGAAGACAAUUAUUUAUUCUUUAAAGCUUAAAACAAGGAUCAGAAUUAAUACAUUUAUAUAAAUUCAAUUUAAUUGGAAAGGAAGAAAUAUUAGCUAAAACAAAAGUAAAAGAAAUCAAAAAGGAAUUGAAAAUUUUGAGUAUUGAACCAAAAGAAAUAAAAUAAUCUAUUAAAAUUUCUAAAUUCACCCUGAUUUUUUCUGUAUUCGUUUUGAUAAUACAAUAUUUAAUAAUUGCCGGACCUUUAACUUAUGCAGGAUAUUAAUAUAUGAGUAAAUUUUCUAAAUCUAUUCACUUUUUUAAAUCAAUUUCAGAUAUAGGAGUUUAUGUUCCUGCAUCAUUUUCUCAAAAAGAAAUAUUAUAUUUUUUUUCCUAUUUCACUUAUUAUACAAAUGAUGAUAGAGAAUUUUUUGUAGAAUAAAUAUAAAAAGCAGUCACAAAAAUUGAUACUUUCUUAUUAUAAGAUAUUGAAAGUUCAUAAUUAUAAUUUUCUGCAUAAUUUUUGGAUACUUAUUAGUAUUUAGAAGAAAAUAAUUUAUGUCCAUUACUUAAUAGUUCAAAGUAUUAUGAUUUUGAUUAUUUUUGUUCGAAUUCUUAGAAUGGAAUUUUGAAAUUGGGUUUAAGAGCAUCAUUAACAAAUUUUAAUAGCAUAUUAAAAAAUGAAUUAAGUAUAAAUUUCCCAAGUACUCGCAAAUAACCUCCAAAAGAAGAAUUAGAAGCAGUUUAUUUAUGUUCAGAUAUUAUUACUGAAAUUACUAAUAAAAUGGAAUAAGAUAUUAAAUCAUAAACUUAAAUUAUUGAGGAAUUAUAUAAUGUAUUUAUAAUUAUAUUAUUAAUAGAUAAUUACUGCUAUAAGUUUGACUUAUACAAUAGUAUUGAUAAUUACUAUUUAAUUUUCAGUUUAUAAAAAAUUUAGAUUGAAUCUUAAUAGAACAAAAAUGAUCUCAUUAAUUUUCCCAUUAGAAACAAUUUUCUUAAAUGAUCAUUUUGAAAGAGAAUUAAGAAGAAUGGUUACUAGUGAAAAAUUAAUUUGA